UGCAGAUGGCUGGGCGCAAAAGCCGCGGGUGGCGGUGACCUUGCGGACGGGAGGUGGUGGUGGUGGGUGGCGGCUUGCCGGCUCUUGAGGGGAGACGGGCGCCAUGGGCAACGUCCCGCCGGCGCUGAAGCAUUGCCUUAGCUACCCCCACCUCCUCAAGGAGCAGCUGGGGAUCGGCGAAGCUGCCCAGCAGCCGACUGUUCUGCAACAGCCUGGGCAGGAAUUGCUUACAAGUGGAUUUCCUGAGUUUGUUAAAAUAGUGGAAGUUGGUCCAAGAGAUGGAUUACAGAAUGAAAAGGCUAUACUUCCUACAGAUGUGAAAAUUGAGUUAAUCAACCAACUUUCCCAAACUGGCUUGUCUGUCAUAGAAGUGACAAGUUUUGUUUCUUCAAAAUGGGUACCUCAGAUGGCAGAUCAUACAGAAGUAAUGAAAGGAAUAAAACGAUAUCCUGGAGUCCGUUAUCCAGUCCUUACUCCUAAUCUUCAUGGUUUCCAUUCUGCUAUAGCUGCUGGAGCAACUGAAGUGUCAGUGUUUGGUGCAGCAUCUGAGACUUUCAAUAAAAUAAAUAUCAAUUGUACUAUAGAAGAAAGCCUGGACAGAUUUGAGGCUGUAAUUAAAUCUGCAAGAAAUACGGACAUCCCAGUGCGAGGGUAUGUGUCGUGCGCAUUGGGAUGCCCUUAUGAAGGAACUAUCCCUCCAGCUAAAGUUGCUGAAGUCUCCAAAAGGCUAUAUAGUAUGGGAUGCUAUGAGGUCUCUUUGGGAGAUACCAUUGGAGUGGGGACCCCUGGCAGUAUGAAGAGAAUGCUGGAAUCUGUUAUGAUGGAAGUUCCAUUGUCCGCUGUGGCAGUGCAUUGCCAUGACACCUACGGCCAGGCCUUAGCCAAUAUUCUUACAGCUAUGCAGAUGGGAGUUCAUGUUGUGGAUUCCUCUGUUUCGGGCUUAGGAGGUUGCCCAUAUGCGAAAGGUGCCACUGGAAAUGUAGCCACAGAAGAUGUGAUAUACAUGCUUAAUGGCAUGGGGAUCAGUACAGGUGUGGAUCUUUACAAAGUUAUGGAAGCUGGCAACUUCAUCUGCAGAGCUUUGAACAAGAAAACCAGUUCUAAAGUUGCUCAAGCUUUGUUCAGUGAUUGAGCUGGAAAAGAAAUGGUGGCAUUCUUAAAAAGUUAAAUAUUUAUCCACCAGUAGGCUUUUCCUGUUUAUAGUUGCAGAAAACAAGCAUAUUGCAAAAAAAUUUUUUUAAAAAAAAAUCAUCUGAAGGGAACAGUAGCACUACAGUGGAUAUGAGGCCAGUAGCAGUAAUGAAUUAAAAGAGCAAGGUAGAGAGCCUUCACUUGAAUUGCUAAAUGAUUUUUUCCCUUGGGGUCCUUGGAUGGUACCUAUUGCAACUUACCAUGGCCUCUCUUUAUCAGAUCAUAGUCAACUUUUGAUGUGAUGCUUUUAGAAUAUAAAUGUUCCCCUAUCGUGAUACUCUGUACCAACAAGAGUAUAUACUUUUGCUUAUAAAUGAAGUAGGCUUGCUACGUGAAUCAAAAAAUAAGUUUGAGACAAUCUAAACUGAGCAAGCAUAGUGUUACGUAAAGUAAUGCUACUGAAUUUGAACUGAGCUUAUCUUGCUAUGAGUUCUGCACAUAAAUAAUGAAGGAACGAACAAUCAAGAAAUAUGCCACAAUCUAGCACUGGGUAGAGCAGCCAUAAAUGCCUUGGAAAAAAUGUUUAUAUGCUAUGAUGUGUCUGUACUACCAAGAUCGGAGGUGCGAGCCAAUGGUUUUCCAUGUGACAUUGGAAGUUGGACAUUGAAGAGGCAGGAUAGAAAAAAAAUAUUGAUGCUUUUGAUGCUAGAGAUGAAUCAUCGGACAAAUCAACCCCUUGAGUUCUCAUUCCAAGCAUAAAUGACCAGGCUCAAAUUAUCCUACUUCAAACACAUAAUGUUUGACCUAGCUCUCUAGAGAAGGCUCUGAUGCUGGGAAUGGUGGAAGGGAAGAGAAGAGGCUCACUAGCAGCAAGAUUGGAUGGACUCCGCUCUAGUGGUGAUGGAGGCACCUCUGAAAGACCAAGUUAAGGACAGAUCUUCAUGGAGAAAAUCACCAAGGAUCCACACCAAGGAUCCAUUUGAUGGUACAUAAUAAAUCAAUAUGCAGAUCAGACUCCAAACUAUGUGUAAGCAAUAUAGGAUGGUGCAAAUGUGUUGAACAUUAUCAGCCUCAAACCAGCUUGGCUAAUGGUAGUAAGAAGUCAUAGGAGGUAGCCAUCCCUGUUUAAUUCAGGAAAAUAUAUGUCAUAAUGUAUUGGUGACUCUUGUAAAAUGCCUUAGGACUUUAUUCAAUUUCCUCCCAUUUUUAUUUUUAUAUAUUUGCUUAAAAUGUAUACGUGUAUGCUUCUGAAAAUAUUUGUCCAUAUACUAGAUGAUAUAUUUAUAAAAGUCUGAAAAAGUAUAUGCAAAAUAUAAAAUCAAUAAAAUAAU